AUGGGGAGGGUUUCCCCACUUGUGGCUCUGCACAGCGUGAGCGCGCGUCUGCCCUGGGGUCCCCUCCCCGCGGGGACGAGGCCGGGGUCCCCGCGCGAGCCCAGCGGACCUGGACAGUGCGGGGGUCCGGCCGCCGGCCGCAGGGGCACAGGGACCGCAGCCGCCAAAUCCGCGGGGCCGGGGGGCCGAGGAGACUUUCCUUUCCGCGUUAGCCGGGGCCACCCCCGCCAGAGGGAAAGCACCAAAGGAAAAACCAGGACAGGGACACCGGGGACGGGAGGAGCGGCCGCCUGCAGGCACCAGCGGAGGGGCGCGGGGUGCCCGGCCCCCGCCCCGCCCCGCGCGGCCCCCAGCCUCAGCCCCGACGCCCCGCCUGCGCCGCGGGCCCGAGUAGUGGGCGCGGGGCGGCCCGCUCGGCUCCUCCGCACCCGCUCCCCGCUCGGGCCGAGGCGCCGCGGCCGCGCGCCCCUCCUGGAGGAGGAGGAGGAAGGAGGCGGGAGGAGGAGUUGCCGAGAAGAGAAGGCGAGCGCGGCAGUCGCGCCGGCGCUGGGCGAGGAAGCGGAGCCGGGCCGCCUCCGGGUGAGCGUCCGGGGAGCUCGGGCGGGAGGCAGGGGCCGGGCUUCGCCGUCCGCCUCCGGCUCGUCCACGGUCCGGGGCACCGUUCGCGGGGCUGGUUUUCGCCUCGGAGCGCAGGGGGCGGAUCCGGCGCGGGUCGGGCCGGGGAGGCCGCCGGGAGCGGGGCUGCAGCGGCGGGUCUGGGUCAGCGCGAGGCCCUGCGCCGUCUCGGCGAGUGCGCGGGCGGGGGCCGGGGAACGGGGGCGGGGGCCGGGGCCGGGCCCGGGAGCGGGGACGCGGAAACCGGGGAGCCGGGGCCGGGGCGCGGCGGCCCCUAAAGGGCCGAGGCCUGCGCGGCCGCGAGCGGCUCUUCUCGACCCCUCGGCCUCUUCGGCCGCGGCGCGCCGGCCCGGGCCGCCGCCUUUGUUGCCCGCAGCUCGCCGGGGAGAGGCCGGGGCUCCGCGAGGCCUGGGCGGCGGCGCGGGGCCUGCGCGGCUCUGCGCCCCGGCCGGGUCCCCCCUCGGACCUCCGCGGGCUCGGGCUCGGGGUCGGGAUGCGGCGAGGCCGCAGGCGCGAGGGCGGGCCUGGGGCGCGGCGCUGGGACACGGGGACGCCCUCGCCCCACCGCGAGGUCGCGCCGGCGCUGGUGGAGGUGCAGGCCGGGGCUGCUCUGCGGCUGAAGGUGCCGCCGGCCGGCCGCCCACUCACCCGGGUGUAGGGACGGGACGAUUGUGGAAUUUAAACCGCUCCUGGGACCGAAACAGGCCUGAAUUUUCAGUUUCCUUCAGGAGUUGGCAACUUCAGUUCUCAUCUUGAACAACCGUCUCUGCCUUACCAGGGUUCUGCCCUAGCCUUUCUGUUCCUCAACAAUCUGAGCUGCUUCCUGCUCCGCCACCUUUGACACAGUAGAUCUGUUUGCCUACAGUGUCCUUCGGUGGCUCCUGUGGUUGGUUCAUUCUCAGACCUUAAUGCCAGUGGCACCACUUCAGAGCAUCACCACCUCAGAGCAUCACCACCUCAGAGAAGACUUCCUUGACUACCUUACAGCUCCUUCAGUAAUCCCAAGUAAUUGAUUUGUAUGGUUCCUUCAUAACCUCUAUUAUUGUCUGUAAUUACUUUGUUUACUUGUUUCUGCUGUUCCCC